CUCAUGUUGGCUCAUCAUGUUGGUUCGAGCCAUUAAGGACCUUCUAGGACGUCAAUGUAAUGUGACGGUCAAGCAUAGGCUAAUUUUGUCGCAGAUUGUUUAGCUCGAAAGGUUACCACAAAUUAGAAAAUCCACCACAUGUUGUAAAACCUUGGUUAAGGCAUGAUGUAAUGGGUGUAUGUUAUCUAAGAAACAUUGUAAAUAACUAAGUAAUAAAGUUUGGCCUAUUCCUUUGCAACAAAAAAAAAAAAGAAAAGAAAAGAAAAAUAAUACUCUUAAUAAUCUUCCCAUAAUUAUAUCUGCUGCCUUAUUUGAUUCUUUGACCAAUUAUUCAGCUGAUUUUUCCCCCUUCUUUCAAGUUUAGAUCAAAACAAUAUCGAUCAUUCCUUAUACAUUUUCUUGUAUGUUUACUAUUCUUUUUAAGAGGUUAUAUAUUCAGUAGGACUUCAGUCCCAAAUGAUUGAAUUUUCUUUUUUAACAUAAUUUUACCGGACAAACUAGACUAAAAAAUGCCCUCAGCCUUUUGAAUUUUAUUGGAUUUAUUAUUUAUUUAUUUUGAAACUCUCUGCUGAGGCAUCUAGUCAGCGGCGGCCGAUGGUAUACGAGGAAUAUGACUGCUCUGCUGUAGCGAUUUGUUUAUCAAAAUGUCAACUGCCUUCCUACUCAAACAUGACGCAUAAUCAAACAACGAAACACGAUUUCACUCUUUCUUUAAUACUUCGAAAAAAAUGACAAAGCAAUUCCAUAUAUUCUAUCUUCAACAUCGUCACCAUUUUGUAAGAUCAGAUUAAGAAAACGAAAAUCCAAAGAUGGCUCAAGCUGCAGUUUCAGCUGCUCCUCAAACACUUGGUAGUUUGGUUAUACAGCAGGCAAAGUUUCUGUCAGGGGUGACUGAUCAAGUUGAAGAGAUCAGAACAGAGCUAAAGCAGAUGCAACUAUUCUUAAAAGAUGCCGACUCAAGAAAACACGACGACGAAAUUGUUGUUAACUGGUUGAAAGAAAUCCGGCUCCUGUCUUAUAGAGUGGAAGACAUCGUGGAGACAUGCAGUUGAGGUCGUUGCUGAUUAGAGAAGAAGAAAAAGUGGGGUGAAGAAAGUCCUCAAGAGAUUUGCUUGCAUAUUUUGUGAAGCUAAAUCGCUUUACAAGAUUGGCUUAGAGAUUGCAAGAGCCAAGAGGGAUAUAAGUGGUUUGACUUGUAGCCUACAAAAAUAUGAUAUCAGAGCAAUUUCCGGUGGAGGAGGAGUAGCAGGGGAGAGCUCGUAUAGUCUCGAAAAUGAAAAUCAAUGGUGGGGAAGACAGACUUAUGGCCAUCAAAUUGAGGAACACUUUGUUGGGAUGAAGAAAGAUGUGAAGAACUUGGUGGCCCUAGUUGUUGAUGAUGGUGGCAAACACCAUAAUGUGAUUUCGAUACGGGGAAUGGGCGGACUCGGGAAGACAACUCUAGCAAGAAAAGUUUACCAGCACAAAGAUGUUCAAAGACGCUUUGAACGAUUUGCCUGGGCUUGUGUUACACAACGCCCCCGAAUUAGAAGUAUUCUUCAAGAUAUUCUGACUCAACUACUUGGUCCUGCAAAGAAGGCAGAGGUGAAAGAAAUGGAAGAUAGGGAAAUGGUUCAACAGCUUCAUCAAGUACAGAAAGAGAUGGAAUGCUUGGUUGUUCUUGAUGACAUUUGGAGCGCGGAUGAUUGGAAUAGUCUGGUUGCAGCUUUUCCAAUUGUCCAAGGGAGAAGCAAAAUAUUAUUCACAACCCGUGAUAGGAAAGUAGCAGAAAUCGGAUCUCCGUACGACCCAAAGUUCUUGACUGAAGAUGAAAGCUGGGAACUGCUUCAAAAGAUAGCUUUUUCGCGAAUCAAUGCCAGAGACUCCAAGAUUGAUCCAGAACUAGAAAAUGUUGGCAAGGAGAUGGUGCACAAGUGUGGGGGUCUACCAUUAGCAAUUUCUGUGCUUGGAGGGAUUUUGAAAGACAAGACUUCAUUAAAUGAAUGGAAUGAGGUGAACAAGUAUGUUAGCCUAUAUCUGAACAACAGGGAGGAUUAUCUGAACAGAGGAGUUGUAGCCAGAGUUUUGUCCCUGAGUUACGAUGAGCUGCCAUAUCAUUUGAAGCCGUGUUUCCUUUAUUUGGCUUGUUUAAAGGAGGAUGAGAAGAUAGAUGUUGAGCAUCUCUAUCACUUGUGGAUAGCAGAAGGUAUGGUUUCGUCACAACACCGAAGAAGUGACGAGACAUUAAGGGAUGUAGCAGAGCGAUAUUUGGAGGAGUUGGCACAUAGGUCUCUGGUUCAAGUGAGAUUGCGCACCCCCCAAACAGGUAGGAAAUAUAAAACCUGUAAUCUUCACGACAUGAUGCGGGACUUAUGUGUGGACAAAGGACGGGAAGAAGAGUUUAUUCAAGUUGUUGAUCUUCAACUUGGUAGACAAACCCUGGGGGAAUCAUCUCUUCUUUCCAAUAAUGUUGCGUGCAGGUUAGUCUUGCACAUGGAUCAUGAGUUUGCAUUAGGUGCUUCUGAAGCAAGUACUUGGGCUCAUCAGGAGAACAACCGACAGCUCCGUUCUAUUCUGUGUGUUGGUAAACACGACGAUAAGAUGAUCAGUUGGCCACAAGGCAUACUGGAUUUGGUGGGAACUAAAUCACUAAGAGCCUUACAGUUUAAAGGUUAUGAUUUCGAGCAUAAGGAUUUCCCCGUUGAUAUUCAGAAAAUGGUCCACCUUAGGUAUCUGAAUAUAACAAGUUGCAGCAGCUUGGUCCAAGUGCCGCCAUCGAUAGCUGAGUUACCAUUUCUACAAACACUUUACAUUAAGGUAGAAAGUAAAAUUAAGGUACCAAAUGUGAUUUGCAAGAUGAAGCAGCUAAGGCAUUUGUAUAUGGAUUGCCCUAGAUAUCUCGACGAGAAUGGGAAAUUACGAUUACAUGGUCUGACUGAGCUGGAGACAUUGUGGGGAGUUGAGAGUUCCAUUGAUGAAGUUUCUGACAUUUCCAGUUUGUUAAAUUUACGGUUUCUGCAUGCAAGAAUUCUUGAUGCAGCUAGCCUUAAUGUUGUCGUUGAACAUAUCAGGACCAACGGACAUAAGUUAAAGGAGGUAUCACUGUCGAUUGAUCUAACAAUUUGGCUUGGUCCUUUUGAUCUUGUUGGUUCAUAUGAAGGUUCUCUUUUGAAGAAGCUUCUGAUGUGUGGAAACAUUCAUAAAUUGGAAUUAAUGGUGCAAACGAGAAAAUUUCCUAGAUAUGAAUCCGGAAUGUUCCAAAACCUCGUUACACUUGACAUGUACUACAACAAAAUAGAAGAAGAUCCCAUGGAAACACUUGAGAUGCUUCCUCACUUGCAAAAUCUGGUAUUAGGCUCUGAUGCAUACAUAGGGCAAGUUAUGGCUUGCCAUUCAUGGGGAUUUCCAAAGCUUAUAAAUCUUUCUCUUAUGAGACUAUCUAAUUUGAAAUGUUGGCGGGUAGAAGAAGGUUCAAUGCCUAAACUGUCUUCUAUAUCAAUCUGGGGAUGUUCAAAAUUAGAGAUGAUUCCAGAUGGGUUACAGUUCGUUAGGAGCCUCCAAAGAUUGGCAAUUAUUGGGAUGCCUUCAGACUUUUGUGAAAGAAUCCGAACCAUUUAUGGCAAUGAAGGUGUUGAUUAUUACAGAAUCAAACAUGUUCCAGGAAUUUUGGUGGGAACCCCGGCUACAUAUUUUCCGAUGAAUGAGUUGGAAGGUAAAUAAUUCUGUGUCACCCUUUUUAUAUAUAGUACUACAUUCGUCCCAAAAAAUAGUCCACAUUAAAUUUAUAAAUUUGUACUAAAACAGUACAAAAUUCAAAACUCGACAUGGACUAUAUUUUGGGGACGGGGGAGUACUAUAUAUGUAACUACAGCACCGCGCAAUGAACAUAAAAAUAAUCUAUUCAUUGCAACUGUUCAAUAAAUAUUGCAAAUAACUGUAAUGUAAGCAUUAUGGGUGAAUUUGAGUGUCUAUGUCAUGAAUCUAGGUGGAGUAUGGUGAAUUGAAGCCCUUUGGCAGGCCUCUUGUAAUGUAAUCUAGGCUCCACAUCCUAUUCUUCG